AUGGAGCUUCUGCAGGAUUUCAGACAAGAAUCUGAAGAAUUGGAUGAUUUUAGCUUGCAAACUGGACAAAUUAACAUAUUUACUGAUUUUCCAUUAUUUGUUUUAGAGUAUGUAUUAAGAGAUUAUUACUAUAAUUGUUAUUGAAAUAAAAAUAUUUAAUUGCAUUAUAAUGCUAUAGGGCAUAUGUUUCCAAACUUUUUAUGGCACAAUCUAUUUUUAAAAAAAUGUAAAUUUUGAUGACCCACAAUAAUAUCAAUGGCCCUUUUUUGGUUUAUUUUUCAUUCCUGAAUGAUUCAUAAAUUUUGUUUAGUCAUGUAACUCAUUUGCAAGUAUAGAUCCAAUUUUUUGUUAGAAAAUUUGUUCACAAGAAAAUAGGACCUUAUAUUAAAACAUUUUUUAACUAAGACCUACAUUUUGUACAUUUUCUUGUUUUUCUAAUUCAUUGGGAAAACUUGAGAAAAUCAAAAAAUGACCUCCCUAAGGUACCACCCCUGUCAGAUUUCCUUUCAAAAAAAGUGGUAUCAUUGUACAUUGGAACAAAAUAGUUGAUAGAAAAGUUGUCUGAUAGGAAAAAAUUAUAAAUAAAUAAACAUCAUUGUAAAACUAUCUAAACAAUGUAUUAUUAAGGAAUAUAAUGUGACUUACUAAAAAUAUGAUUGACAUGAUCGAAUCCAUAUUUUCUGCUAUAGGGUGAUCCACUUAAGUGGCUACAUUUUAUAUUUCCAAAAAGAUACUUAAUGAUAAUUUAAAGAAUAACCAGUACUACAAUUUUACGUCAACAUUAUUUUUGAGUUGAACCAACUAUAUACUUUUAUUUAUUAAAAAUUAAGUUGCCAUUUGAAAAUCAAAAAUAAUAAUGAUAAUACAUUUUUUUAAUUCUAUACUUUUCAAGAUAUUGAGUGUAGUUAUAUAAAUGGAUCCCUCUGAACGAGGAUUAAUUAUUUUCUGUUAUAGGAGUCUCCAAAAAGAAGAAGAGGACACCAUAUAUCAACCAUAUGGUGAAACUUCCAAUACUGUAAAACCAAAUAGUGAAACUCCCGAUACCUUAGAACCAGAUAGUGAAGCUUCCAAUACUGCUGAUCCAAAUAAAUUUAGUAAAACAAAUUCAAAAAAAAUAACACAUUCUAGGUAUAUACUUCAUUAUUAAUAUAUAAUUAAUUAAUAUUAUAUUUUAAUAAACAGUAAAUAAUGAUAUAUUAUUUUUCAAAUUUAUUCAUAUAAUUUUUUUUUUUUUUUUAAGUUUUUUUAUUUUAUUUUGAAAUAUUACAAUCUAUACAGAGGUGCACAAUAAGUAAUAAUUAUGGUGAAAAGAAAGAAAAACUAUGAACUAGUGAUAGCAUGGAAGGAAAUCUCUCAUUAGAGACACCUAGUGGUUUUACAAUAACAUUUACAAUUUAUUACAAAAACAUUUUUAAUUAAUUUAAGAAUUUAUACAAUUUUUAAGUCACAGCACCAGUUCCGCUUGAGUCAUCUAGUUGGAUUUCCGGGUAGUGCUGGUGUAGCAAGGUCCCUGAUGAGCUGGUUGGGGUUGGAAUGUAAUUUUGUGUGGAAGCGUUUACAAUACAUAGUGGCAGUUUCGUUGACAGAGCAGAUUCUUAGGUCAGAGUUUAUUGCAUUGUUGGAGAUAUACCAGGGUGCUCCAGUUAUUAUACGACAGCAGAUAUUCUUGGAUAGUUCUCUUAUUUGAUUUUUUAGCAGAACCCCAGAUUACUAACCUGUACACCCAGAGUGGUUGUAGAAGAGUUUUAUAUAAUAUGAGUUUAAGGGGUAAUGCUAGAUUUGAGCGUAGGAGUGGCCUUAGUAGGUGAAGUCUUUAGUUUAGCUUUNAAAACAGAUAUUCUGGAAGGCUUGGAUAGUUCUCUUAUUUGAUUUUUUAGCAGAACCCCAGAUUACUACCCCGUACAUCCAGAGUGGUUGUAGAAGAGUUUUAUAUAAUAUGAGUUUAAGGGGUAAUGCUAGAUUUGAGCGUAGGAGUGGCCUUAGCAGGUGAAGUCUUGAGUUUAGCUUUUUGCGUUUGUUUUUAGAUGAGAUGACCAUGUUCGGCGUCUGUCGAAUAUUAAGCCGAGGUAUUUCACUUCAUUUGAGUGAGGAAUAAUGAUGUUAUUUAUUGAUAUAGGAGGGCAGUUAUGGGGCCUGAGUGCANAGUUUUAUAUAAUAUGAGUUUAAGGGGUAAUGCUAGAUUUGAGCAUAGGAGUGGCCUUAGUAGGUGAAGUCUUUAGUUUAGCUUUUUGCAUUUGUUUUUAGAUGAGAUGACCAUGUUAGGCGUCUGUCGAAUAUUAAGACAAGGUAUUUCACUUCAUUUAAGUGAGGAAUGA